AUGUCUGCACCAAAGCAGCCAUUUCCGCCAGGAAAAGCGCAAUUGCUUUUUGUCAAGUCAAAAGUGUAUAUCCAUGUGUCCAAUUCGAAGAAAGAUAAUGUUCCAGGGUACAUUGUGAUUGCAAAACCGUAUGUAGACUCUCCCAAUCUGGAUCUCGUGGUUGCUUUUAUUCCAGAAACGGACGUUGACAAAGAAGACAGGGAGGCUUUAGACUACUUUGAUCUCUACGGACUGGAUGGAGAAAACACCAGCUUUUACGGUUCCGGCAGCACAGAUAGGGGCCCCACGCAGGAACUUAUUUCCAGCAGUCAUCUGCCCAAGGUGAACAAGUACAUCACAAGACCCAAAAUGUCCUCGCUCUCGUCAUACGCUUUUGGACUGACCAUCGCUAACAUAUACAGUAUCCAGAUCCGCCCAAAGGCCUCUACUUUGUGGUACGGGUCGGUGGUGCUGCAUCCUAAAAAUUCGCUAGAAAAAGUGCCUGCUCUAUUUUUUCACGAUGACGAGUGUCCAGGUACCAUCCGCGAGGAAAAACUGAAAAAUCAGAGCUUCAAUCCCUUUGCAGAGAACAUGGACGGUGGCCUGUAUUGGGGCGGAGACAGAUUUAUCAGCUGUCUGCGGAACUACUGUGUGCUAGAGCAGUCUCCUUUGGAGAAGGGCAUGGUCUUGGUGAAUCCCACGAAAGAGGAUAGCAUCAAUUUUAUUCCCAACAUUAUCGACACGAAAAAUCCUCUGGAAAACGCCACACAGACGGUCGACCAGUUCAUUACAAACGCAAAAUGGAAGGUUUUGACGGGGCUGGCCAGCAUCACAUCAUUCGCCAGAAAGCAGAUUGGGCAGGUAGCAGAAAGCAAUAAGACACCAGAAGCUAUCAAGAAACUGCUGCAAAAACCAGAAGUGCGGGUUAUCGGAGACGAGUUUGAUAGUGCCAAUGUCUAUUUGGCCAGAUGGGCGCUAGCAGUGCAGCAGGAGGCCGAAAAAUCGCGGAAGCUUAUCAUUGGUAAUAACUACUAUCACCAGCUGAUCGAAACUGAGCUGGGCGAAAAUUUUGGCAACUUGACACCAUACGAGUUGUCUAAGGCCACAAGACUCAAGCCGGUAUCAAGCAUUGAGUGGAACAACAUGUUUGAUAGCGCCGGCAGACUGCAAAUAACCGUGGAAGAGGUGAAAGAUCGUAUUUUCCAUGGCGGGCUCGAGCCUUCUGCACGCAGAGAGGCAUGGCUCUUUUUGUUGGGAGUGUUUCCUUGGGAUACCAGCCGACACGAGAGAGAACAGCUCAUCCAAUCGCUAUCCGACAGCUACAGUGAGUACAAAGAAAAAUGGAAAUCAGAUAUGGAGCGACAGACGAACGAUGAGUUUUGGAAAGACCAAAAAAUGAGGAUCCACAAGGAUAUCCGCAGAACUGACCGCGACAUUGACAUGUUCAAACCUGUCUCUCCAGAGAACGAUAAUGACGACGACGAGAGCGACAAUUUUGGCAACCCUAAUCUCACCGUCUUGAGAGAUAUAUUAUUUUCCUACAACGAGCUGAACUACAAUUUGGGCUAUGUCCAGGGAAUGAGCGAUCUCCUCUCGCCAGUGUAUUACGUGAUACAGGACGAGCCACUCUCAUUCUGGGCGUUUGCAUCAUUCAUGGAGUCAAUGGAGCGCAACUUCGUCAAGGACUUGAGUGGAAUGAAACUCCAGAUGCAGACACUAAACGAGCUUGUCCAAUUCAUGAUCCCAGAGUUGUAUCUGCAUUUGGAGAAGUGCGACGCGAACAGUUUGUUCUUCUUUUUCAGAAUGCUUCUUGUAUGGUUUAAGCGAGAAUUAUCUUUUGAGGAUACGAUGAGGCUCUGGGAAAUAUUAUGGACCAACUACUACUCCUCGCAGUUCGUUCUAUUUUUCGCCCUUGCCAUCUUGGAGAAGAACUCAAAGAUCAUCAUCAACAAUCUGAAUCAGUUUGACCAAAUCCUCAAGUUCAUGAACGACUUGAGUGGCCAUUUGGAUGUUGACGACCUGCUAAUGCGCGCAGAGCUGCUAUUCCUAAAAUUCAGACAGAUGGUGGAGUUACUUGACAGGAAGAAUUCGAAGAACGGCGCAUACGCUUUGGUGGACGCUACAGAGACAGUGGUUAGCGACGAGCUGCGCCAGCUGCUCUCAAAGGAGCCAGUUAUUCAAAAAGAAGAGCCAAGAACCAGCGACACUCCCUUUGGAUAA